AGGAGCCUGGAAGGCCACCUUAGGCAAGCGGAGGGAGCCCUGCGGGGAUGGGGUCACCUCGGGGCUGUGGGCCUUAGGCGCCCAGGAACCCCACCCCCUCGGCCUCUUCGCCCUCCCCCUAGGGGGCGGGGAAGAUUGCGAGCGGUCGUCAGGGCGACCGCCAUAUCCUCCUCUGAUUGGUUGGAGCUUCGAGCGCCGCAGCUCGGGAUUGGCCCACGCCACGCCAGAUACCGCCCUUCUCCAAUCCCUCCUCCGCGGCGCGGUCACCCCGGGGCCCCAGCUUCCGGAGGAGCCACCUCCUCCCUCCCUCUGCCGUCUCCCCGGCAACCGCCCCUCCUUUCUGGGCCCCGCAGCGCACGCCUGCGCCUACCCCGGCUUCCCGACAGCCCCUCCCUCGCUCAGGCCUGGGCAAGCGCGCCUGCGCACUCCCACCGCAUUCCGCCUCUCACUGGCGGACGGCCUAUGAGGACCCGGGCCACCGAGCUAAGCUUCCUGGGAAAGGUAGUUCCCGCGGGGAACUGGGCUCCCCGCGCCGCAAAGGCUGACGGGACAUGGAGUCCGUGGCGUGCUUGUGCGCAUGUGCGGACGACUGAGGGGGCUUUCGGGGGCGCAAGGGCGGGCGGGCGGGGGGCCCGGCGGCGGACACGGACGCGGACGCAGGCGCGGGCGUGGGCCCCGACACCGAGUCGGACGCGGGUUGAGAGGGAAGGGGGCGGACGGACAGACGUGCCCGCGGCUGCCAUGGAGGUGACGCCGCCGCUGCUGCCCCCGCAGGGGGGCCCCGUGAAGCAGGAGGCCCGGCCGGGGGAGGCCCUGGCCCCGGACUCCCCCUGGUGCCGUUUCCGCCACUUCCACCUGGGCGACGCGCCGGGCCCGCGGGAGGCGCUGGGCCUGCUGCGCGCCCUGUGCCGGGACUGGCUGCGGCCCGAGAUCCACACCAAGGAGCAGAUGCUGGAGCUGCUGGUGCUCGAGCAGUUCCUGAGCGCGCUGCCGCCCGACAUCCAGGCCUGGGUGCGAGGCCGGCGGCCCCAGAGCGGCGACGAGGCCGUGAGCCUGCUGGAGGAGCUCUGGGGGCCGGUGGCGGCCCAGGAGCGGCCCCAGGAGCUGCGGGGGCAGCAGCGAGACCCGGCGGCCGGCGUGGCAGCAGGGAAGGACGACGUCGGCGGCAGCGGCGGCGGCGGCGGGAUGAUGGCGCUGGCUGAGCCCGGGAGGGCCGGCCGGGGCGCCGCGCCCAACCUGUGUCUGCCCGCAGGAGGAGAGCCGGCCUCGGGGGCCGCGGCCGGGCCGGCCCCCGGCGGGGCCUCAGCGGAGCUGGCGCGGCCCUACAAGCAGGAGCCGGGCAGCCCCCCGGCCCUGGCCGCGCUGCCCUCCUGCCUGCCCUGCUUCCUGGGCCCGGCGGCGGCGGCGGCCGUGGUGGCGGCGCCCGCCUCGUGCCUGGAGUGCGGCAAGGCCUUCCUGAAGCCGGCGCACCUGCUGCGCCACCGCCAGAGCCACUCGGGCGAGAAGCCGCACGCCUGCCCCGAGUGCGGCAAGGCCUUCCGGCGCAAGGAGCACCUGCGGCGCCACCGCGGCACCCACCCCGGCCCCCCGCCGGGCCCCGGGCCCGCGCCCCCCCUGGGCCUGUGCGCCGCCCGGCCGGCCCGCGAGAAGCCGCACGCGUGCCGGGACUGCGGCAAGACCUUCUACUGGCGCGAGCACCUGGUGCGGCACCACAAGACUCACUCGGGCGCCCGGCCCUACGCCUGCUGGCAGUGCGGCAAAGGCUUCGGGCGGCGCGAGCACGUGCUGCGCCACCAGCGCACCCACGGCCGGCCCCCCGCCCCCUCCGGCCCCGCCACCGCCGGGGGGGGCCCCUUCGCCCCGUGGCCCGUGGGAUAGGGGCCCCGUGGGGAGGCGAGCCGGGCCCCGGGCAGGGGGCGCCACGAGGGAGCCGGGGAGGGCGCGCGUGCGGCCGGGACGGAGGCCGGGACGCCCGAGGCCCCGCGCCGGACUGGGGGGGCCGCACGGGCCGGGCCGGGAGGACGGAGGGCCCCGCCCCCUAGGAUUGGAAGCCACGAACACAAUAAAGUCAUUGAAGCUGCGUGUCGCCGGCCACGUCCGAGCCUCUGUCCCGGGGAGGGCCACGAGUUGGCGCAGGCCAGCAGCCGUCCGCGUGCCCAGGAGAGCCCGAAAUCACCCCAGCCCCAGAGGAGGGGGUCCCGCCGCCCGGCUGGGAGAG